AUGGAAGAAAUACGACGACGAUCAGAAUCAGUAACUACUGAAUCAAUACAUUCUACAUUGGAUUCUCAUCAGGGAUUCACUCAAGGCGACGAAAGAGAAAAGACAAUAUUGAUCAGCGUUUUAAAACAAACAUUAUUACCAUUUUUUAUUGCUGGAUUGGGACAAAUUUGUAUUGGAUUAUUUUUUGAACGAGCACAACAUUGGUGGUACUUUUUAUAUGUACCUGAAACAUUUAUUCUGGUACCAGCAUUACUUGGUUUAAAAGGCAACCUUGAAAUAACAUAUGCAUCACGAUUUUGUACAUUGAGUAAUGCAGGAAAAGCGAAUAAAACGGAUGAAAUUUUUUUCAUUGCACGAUUUAAUUUAUGCCUUAUUGAAGUGCAAGCAAUUGUUUUAUCAUUUUUUGCGGCUUUAUUAAGCAGUGCAAUUAGUUUAAUCAAUUGUAAUUUCAAGCAAUCUCAUGCAAUAGUGGUACUUUCAAGUGGUAUUUAUACAGCAUCAUUAUCCUCAUUUUUUGUUGGUUUCCUAAUGAUAACAAUUGUUGUUUCCACUCGUCGAUAUGGUAUUGAUCCUGAUAAUAUUGCUGCCCCGCUUACAGCAACUUCCAGUGAUUUUAUCACAUUAAUUAUGCUGAUUGGUAUAGGUAUGUUAAUGGUUAACAUAUAUAUCCACAAAUUAUACAUUCUCAAUAUUGUACUGAUGAUAUUUGUAAUUUGUACAACACCAUUUCUCACUUAUUAUAUUGUAAAGGAACCACGUACGAGACUUAUUCUAAGGGAUAGUUGGUUUGCUGUCACAGCAGCUAUUGUUGUUGGAUGCUGCAGUGGCUUAUUACUUCAAUCAGCAAUUGUUGUUUUUCCUGGUAUUGCUGCGCUUCAUCCACUUAUUACAGGACUUGCUGGUAAUCGAGUAAGUGUACAGUCUAGUCGUCUUGCUACAGCAUUACAUCUAUCAGAAUAUUCGCUUGGUAAAUUUCCGGCUGGUACAACUAUAUGGACUUUCGUGAACCCAUUACGUUUCUUCUGUUUACGUCGUAAGUAUUGA